AUUGCCGUACCUACCUAGGUACCUACGCCUCGCUGGCCACGGGUACGCCCACAUUUCCCACAAUUUGCGGUCCAUUUAUUUUUCUCAACCCUUUUUUUUUUUUUGCUUGGGCCCGGACCAUGCCCAGCGUUCGGGUGAACCCUAGGAAAACCAAACCACCCCCAAACCAGAUCCUCGUUACUGUAAGAUUGAGACGGAUCGUACCUUGUCUGCCACGCUUGAAACGGCCACCCGUGGCUCUGCUUCUGCUAUCAGCAGCGAAUGCAAUGUAUCCCCAUGGCUGCGGGCACUGGAAACUGUCCGGGUGCGCAGCAGAGAGGAUAAGGUGCCGCUGCACGGCUGACGGUUGGAUGGAGAUGGAUGCCAAUUGCCCAUUGCAGCAGAUGUAGAAUAUGUGGAGGGGAGGCGGAGGCGGAGGCGGAGGCGCAUCCAUCACUCACUUGCACAUGUCAAAUGUCAAAUGUCAAACGUCAAAACGCGGCGGAAGGUGGAAAAGCGAAAGCACCAAAAAUUCUGGGUGCAA